AUGUCCUACCAUAGAGAAGAUCCUGACGCUGGUGAAGAAAUUGUUAGAGAUGAGAAUAACGAACUUAAUUCACUAUUACACAGUCCUAUUACGGAAAAUGAAAUUUUUAAAUGCAUCAAAAAUCUUAAGAAUGGCAAAGCUUGUGGCGAUGACUUCGUCACUAAUGAAUAUAUUAAGAGCACCACUCAGAUGUUCAUGCCAAUCUAUGUAAAACUGUUUAAUAUUGUAUUUGAUACUGGAAAAGUGCCUGAACUGUGGCUUGUUGGCAAUGGUAUACUUUUGUAUAAUAACAAAGGUGACCAGUCAGAUCCCCAAAACUACAGACCAAUAACUAUAUUUAGAUGUAUGGACGACACUGUACUUAUGUCAGAAACACAAGUAGAUCUACAAAAACAAUUAGAUGCUUUGAAGAAAUAUUGUGAUACAUGGAAAUUAAAAGUCAAUGUCCCUAAAAGCAAAAUAGUAUUUUUUUCUAAAGGUAGACCACUACAAAAUGUUAGUUUUAAAUAUGCUGAUAUUGAGUUAGAUAUUGUUGAAGAAUUUACAUAUCUUGGUGUAUUAUUUUCUAGAACAGGAAGUUUCGCACAAGCAAAAAAGGCACAGGCUGAUAAAGCAACAAGGGCUAUGAACGAUAUUCUAAAAAGGGGAGAUUACAUAAUUUGA